UGAUACGUAUAUGUCGGUGUCAUGAAUGAGGCGGUGUUACCUUGAUUUAAGUCUCAUUUUAGUUAAAGGUAGAGCUGAAAAGUUGUUACAGAGGCGCAGAUGUUCUAAGCUUGUCAGUCGAGUGUCGGUCUAUUCGCGUUUCAGACAUUUGAUAUUUUAUUAACACAGCAGGAAGUUUCUGGAAUCGACAUUUUGGGCUUUCUUCAGACACAUUAAAGAGGAGCUAACUGGAGCGAUCUGCACAUUCCUGAAGUUGACUGACUGUCGAGUUGGCAAAGGUAACGGACUGGCUGGCUAACUGUUGGCUAGCUCAUAUACAGAGACGUCCAUUCAUUAAAUCUUGUGUGUUUACUGUGUGAUAUUUAAUGGAAAGACAACUAGCAUGGUAGUAAUCCUGUUUGUGACACUGCUUUAGGGUAUUACUGCAUAUAAACACAGUAGUUAUCACGACGUGGCUGAAUUUGAAGAUACCUGGAAUAAAAAGAUGUGUUUUUUUUUUCAUGUAUCUGUGGUCCAGCUGUAAUGAAAGGCUCUUUGAUUUCAAGCAGGCUGCAACGGUGCGGCUGGUAACUAUUACAUGUGAGGACUGGAGGAGGAUUAAAGAUCAUUUAGUAAAGACAAGCCAGUUUUUUAUUAAAGAGAUUAGUUAUUUCAGAGCUUUGUUCAACAACCCAGAUCAGCCAGUGGAGGUUGUGUUUUUACAGAUUGGACGAUUUUAGAAAUGUAUGGUUGGGAAUUUGAUAGUAAAAGUAAUCACAUAGUUCAAACCCAGACUUGAGGACUUUGAGUUCACCUCUAUGGAAGUAACUGAGAAUCUGAUAUCAAUGAGGAGCAGGGCUUAGUCAGUGCCACAAGAAUAGAUGCCAGUUUUAUUCAGUACAUAUAAGAUAUGUAUGUAAAACCUUAGUGAAAGAAUUUAUGAUCUGUCAAAACAGAUCUGAGCAGGAAAAUGCAAAAUCACUCAUCAUUACAUGUUCAAUAUGGACAGACCAUAAUAAUUGAUGUUGAUACUUAUUUUAAAGUUACAAAUCACUAUUGUUAUGUUAUUUUAUCCGGCGGUCUCAUUGAGAUAAAGAUCUUUUUUACGAGAGGCCUGAGAACAUGAAACAUUCACAAUCAACCCACAACACAGGAAACAAACAAGAGGUAAAAGCAAAAGAAUCAGUUAAAACACUUACAGUGAUUAUUGAAAACAUCAGACAACAAGUAUUUAAAAUCUCCAAGAUGAAUGAAAGAGUUCAGUUUAAGAGCGGUUUGCAGCUGGAGUUGAAACCAGUUCUGCCAAUAUUAGUACUGAUAUAUGGAAUAUCUAAGGUGAGAUAGUUACUGGUUUUCUUUUAGUUACUAGUUUCUUCUCAACUGUAAAGAGGUCCAGCCAACCUUUUGACAGAGGGAACAGUGAAGAGUGAGAAAUGUGUCAUUAGUGAUGAAACGUAGUGCACUAUGAUACACAGGAUUUAACUGCUGAAGAGUUGAUGGAGCUGCAUGUUAAUACAAGAUGUCACCAUAAUCAAGGUUGUUGGUAUAAGACAAGAAAAACUACAGUAUGUCUGAGGGUUACUGAGUUUAAAAGAUUAUUUGGAUAGAGCUCGGACAGAUUUUUUGUGUGUAUGAAAUCUGUGUUUCUUUUUUUGUUUCAUCUUUUUCUCUUUCUUUCGGUAGAUGUUUCAGAUAAAGAGGAUCUGCUGCAUCGGUGCUGGGUAUGUAGGAGGCCCAACGUGUAGUGUGAUCGCCCACAUGUGUCCAGAGAUCACUGUGACCGUAGUGGAUGUCAACGAGUCCCGCAUCAAAGCCUGGAACUCAGACACCCUGCCCAUUUAUGAGGUAAAACUUUGACGUCAUUGAUUUAUCCAAGAAACGUUUGUGUGUUUGUUCUGUGUGACCUCUGGUUAAACUUGAACAAGAAGAAGGUUGAGUGCUGAUAUGCCGAGAUUUUAUUACCUGUAUCUUGAUCAGAGGUCAAAAUAGCUAUUUUGUUUUAUUAAUUACACUCAGUAUUCGUGUUUUAGUAGAUAUACUGUCUCUAGGCAACCAUUUCAGUAUCAUGGUGUUUCUGGACAACAUUACUCCAUCGUGGGCUGACUAAAACAUAAAUUAGUUCCAGGCCUCUCAGUGUCGCAAUAACCACCGCAAGGAAUUGCAUCAUUACGACUAGUGUAAGAGCAGUUUAUGAGGAGUCACUCGUAUUACAUUUGGGGCUGUCUGUGCUGUGUUUUGUCCUACGCGUUCACUGACCCACCCUCCCUGUCUCAUCUUUCCACUUCCCCCCACUCCAGCCGGGUCUGAAAGAAGUGGUUGAAUCAUGCCGAGGGAGAAAUUUGUUUUUCUCCACAGACAUAGACUCAGCCAUCAGGGAUGCAGACCUUGUCUUUAUUUCUGUGAGUCCACGCCCUAAACACAAACACUGACCCACAGUUUCUGCUGUUUGACUUGGUGAAUUUAAAUCCAUGUCUGACACGCAUGAUUAGAGUUUUAAUUUCUCCACAGGUGAACACACCAACAAAGACCUAUGGGAUGGGGAAGGGUCGUGCAGCUGACCUUAAAUUCAUCGAGGCGUGUGCUCGGCGGAUUGUUGAGGUGUCUGAUGGAUACAAGAUCGUCACAGAGAAGAGCACAGUCCCAGUCCGAGCUGCUGAGAGCAUAAGACGGAUAUUUGACGCCAACACUAAACCCAGCCUCAAUCUACAAGUGUGUUUUUACGCUCGAAUAGCAGAAUCAAAAUCUUCAAUGUGUUGCUCUGAAAAUUAUUUAAACGAUGUCUCUGCGGCAGGUACUGUCCAACCCAGAGUUCCUUGCGGAGGGAACAGCAGUGCGGGACCUGAAAGAGCCAGACCGCGUCUUGAUUGGUGGAGAUGAAACUGCAGAAGGUCAAAGGGCAAUCAAGGCACUGUGUGCUGUCUAUGAACACUGGGUCCCCAAAUCUAGAAUCAUCACCACCAACACAUGGUCAUCUGAACUGUCCAAACUGGUGUGUGCGUGCGUUCGCAGAUGUGUUAUGAUCGAACUUUUGAUUCAGUUUCAGUUCAAGUUCUUUAGGCUUUUUCUCUUUGUUUAAAAGAAAAACUAAAAAACAGAAAAUUAAAACUCCUAUUUGACGAAUGAAACCUGCAAAUGUGAAGAAAUUUUGAUGAAGAAUGACUGAACUGUUCAGAAUAAUUUAGGACUUAAUUUCUUCGGACUUACUCAUGGUUAAUACGUUCCUUUGUGUUCCUCUGAGAGUAAAUGAGGUCUGAAGUGGAGUAAUACUUUGUGUAAUCUCUGAAAAAAAAAGACUAACAUGAUGUUUGUUUUUGUAGGCAGCCAAUGCAUUCCUGGCACAGCGAAUCAGCAGCAUCAACAGCAUUAGCGCGCUGUGCGAGGCCACGGGCGCCGACGUGGAGGAGGUAGCGAAGGCGAUCGGUAUGGACCAGAGAAUAGGCAGCAAGUUCCUCAAAGCUAGCGUGGGUAAGAAACAAUGAAGGGAGCUUCUGUGUUGACUUUGAAGCUUUUUCUGUUUUCUGUCGCAUUAAUUAAUUCAAACACUUCUCAGGUUUCGGUGGAAGCUGUUUCCAGAAGGAUGUGUUGAACUUGGUGUACCUGUGUGAGGCCCUCAACCUGCCAGAGGUCGCUUCCUACUGGCAGCAGGUGAGAUGUGUGCCGGUACAGACCGUUUUUUCUUCCUCUCCCUGAAAGUAUUCUCCCUUUGAGUUCACCUUCCUCUCCUCCUCUGUUUGUGACUCUCUCAGGUCAUAGAUAUGAAUGAGUACCAGAGGCGGCGGUUUGCCUGCAGGAUCAUUGACUGCCUCUUCAACACUGUCACGGGUAAAAAGAUCGCUCUGCUGGGCUUCUCCUUCAAAAAGGACACAGGUGACACAAGGUGUGUCUCAUUCACCUUUCCUAUUCCAAUCCUCUCGUCACGCCCUUGUAAACAUCCUCGACCAUACAACUCUUUAUUUCUCCUAGACAGCUUCAUGUCAAUCAGUAACCAGUGAUCAGAAACAUUCAAAGAGCAAUUCAAACAACACUUACAAUCUGUAUACAAAUCAAAUCUGCAGUGUCACUGUUGAUCACACUUUCCUCUACAUGAACCAACCCUCAGAGCUGAACUGUGGCCCCUGAUCAAAGUUGUCGCUGAUGGGCGUGUGUGUGUGUGUGUGUGUGUGUGUGUGUGUGUGUGUGUGUGUGUGUGUGUGUGUGUGUGUUUGUUAUGCAACUCCAGGGAGUCGUCCAGUAUCUACAUUUCUAAAUAUCUGAUGGAUGAAGGAGCCAAGCUGUUUAUCUACGACCCCAAAGUGCUUAAAGAACAAAUCAUUCAUGACCUAUCGCAGCCCAGCAUCUCAGAGGACAACCCAGAAAGAGGUGAGUAACGGCACAAUGUAGCCCCGGAAAGCCCAUGUCCAUUUGUUUAUUUAGUUAUUUGUGAAAUGCGACUUGUUCUUGUUGCAAAUGAAGUCAGAGGAAACUAAUAAAAUCUCCUCAAAGCAAGUUUGUGAUGUGUGGCUGCUUGAAUAAACCUAAAGUUGUUAUUGCAUGUUUAGUAUUCAAAAUUACCAUUCACGUAAGCCAAACACAUUAAUCUAAAACUUUUUUGUAAAAUGCCAAAUUAAAAAAAGUUUAAAAAAAUGACAAUAGAAAUCACAUGGUUGAGAAAAUAAAUGUAUUGAUAAUAAUAAUGAAUUUUAUUUUAGUGAACUUCUUAUUGAACAAACAAUCUCAAAGUGCUACAGACAUAGAUUUAAAAAACUGGGUUUUUUUGGCACCUUUAAUUAAAAGUUCUACGUGUUCAUGAACAUCAUGUUCUUCACUUCUGGAAAGCAGCAAACCUCAGAGACCUAAACAUGAAGCCAAAGCCAAAAUGUUAAACCUGCAGUCCCACAAAUUACUACUUGAAGCAAGACAGAAAAAGAGCCGAACCUCAAAAUGUAAGACUUGUAAAAGAAGGUUAAAGUCUGGUACACUUUGUAUUUUCUCUUUCAUGACAAGUUUACCAAUCUUUGCUACUAAAAAACUCACUAGUCUUUAGUUUUAAGGUUUAAAGUUAUGCAGAGGAUAAUAGUUGUUGCUUCUCGGAGUGACACAUGGGUGACUCUGGUACUUAGAAGACCAAACGUGUGGGUGACUUCUCUGUGGCUUCUUCCUCUUCUGCACAGUCACUGGUAAUGAGUCAUUGGUUCCACAUUUUCAGGGGUUAGUCUGAAUAAUCCCAAAGUGUAAUCAGACUCUCAGUUCAACAUGUUUUGUGGAUACAGGGCUGUAGUAUUCACUAAGGUUACUCAGUGGGACUCUUAGGCUGAUAAAAACUUGUUUGUUUGUUUUUUGUUUCUUAGUGUCAGAGCUGGUGACUGUGACCUCCGACCCUUAUGAGGCCUGCCAGAGUGCUCAUGCGUUGGUCAUCUGCACAGAGUGGGACAUGUUCAAGGUCAAAAUCCAACUUUGUCAGCAAACAUCCUUCAAAUUUCUAAACCCUACCACUGCGUGAGCACUCACUACCCUCUUCUCUACCACAGGAGCUGGAUUAUGAAAAGAUUUAUAAGAAGAUGCUGAAGCCGGCCUUCAUAUUUGAUGGUCGCAGAGUGCUGGAUCACCUCCACGCUCCCCUCCAAAACAUCGGCUUUCAGGUGAGAAUACAGAAAUCAAACCCAAGUGAAACGGUGGAUUGUGCAGACCCCUCAUAAAUUCAGUCAGUGGAAGUCAGCUGAUGCUUUUAUCACAUUGCUCCGGUCUCUAUUCACAGAUCGAGACCAUCGGCAAGAAAGUCACAGCAACAAGAAUCCCGUACACCCCGGCAGGCGUUGGUCCUCGCAUUGCUGUCAGUGAACCUCCAACCAAGAAAGCCAAAGUCUAAAACUUACUUCACCCGCCUCAAUCACACGACACAAACACAUUCCUCUCUCUGCCUUUACAUUGCUGGUGAAAUGUUUCAUACAAGCCUGGUUUGCUGCUUGGUUCAUGCCUUAUUAAGACUGUAUGAUCAGCUGCUCCCUACAGGAGGUCCGAAGAGAGGAUGAAGUCGAGCCUACAAUCCAAAUUUGAGUAAAUGUGAUCCUGAAUGUGCUUGAAUCUUUUGAUGAAGCUUGAGGAUGAACAGAAACAAUUAAUUUUAUACAUUUCAUGUCCAAUAGUAUUUCAGAUGCAGGUAUACUCAGAGCUGUCUGUUUUAGUCCAUCUUAAAUCAACUCUAUGUGAGUCUUUCUUACAGUAUUUACUAUAUAAUCAAGUAUUAUCGCUAAAUUUUAUACUGUUUUUUAAAAUAUUUUUAUAAAUCAUCUCACUGUAUGUCAAUCUGUUUUUUUCCCAGUAUCAGCUGCUGUUCACUAAAAUUGCCUUUGCAAUAAAAUGUGAUGCAUCUUUUAAUUAGUGCCUGUUUAUUAAUAUGAGAUUCCAAACAUUACAUUUAUGAUAAAACAGCAAAAUAUGACCAGUAAGUUUGGAGUGAAACUAACAUGUUCGCAACACUUUAUCUUGAACAGUAUGCAAAAACAUCUUUGACAAUAAAAAUAAUCCGUUUUU